AGAAUAGAAGUGUAAACAUUUGAUAUUCAGAUUGAGGAUGUUUUGAGCAUAAAAAUACAAUAUAUUUCCAUUUUAUUGCAUUGAAAACUAAAAGUUCUGUUAUCAACAACGCGUGUUAAAAACGAAAGUAGCAGGAAGUACAGAAGAGUGUAACGCCCGUAGAUCAACCUGUGAAAUUAUUGAUAUAAAUUUUUGCCAGAUAAUCAUCUUUGUCGUUAACAUAGUAUUAAGUUUGUUUAGGCAUCUAUUGACAUGCUUAUGUCUCAAUAUAAACAAAAAUAUAUUUUAAUUUCUUUCACUUUUGAUGUUGAAACACAUGCACAUGUUCUGCGGGCUGAUAACUAGUUCUCGGCCUCGGGCCGCAAACUCAUAAUAGGUCACGUGACACUCAUAAUCAGUUGAAAUCAUAGGCAAUUUUGUUACUAUAUAUAGUAACAAGUGUAUUAAAGAAACAUUAGGCCUUUUUCCUAUUUUUACCCUUUUAUUAAUAUGCUCAACAGCACUCAUACAAAUAAUAUAACUGAAAAGUGUGAAAUAAAAUAUUGAACAAUUACAUUCUUAUAUACAAUAGGUCAAUAUGUACAUCCUUGUGGAGUUUUUGGAUGACCAUGAAGUCGCCAUUAUCCCGGACAACUGGUUAAGUGGGACAAAGUGCGCUGUUUGGCCUGUCCACUUUAAAGACACCCGGAAGGUUGAAUCGGCUGUUAAAAAUAAACUGGCGCCAGGAGAUUCAUGGCCAGCUUUGCCAAUCCGAGAGAUGUAUAGAAACAUGUCCUACAGCAGUGUGAGAAAAAAUUUAAAAAAAUCAGAAAUGGAGUCCGAUUUGGCGACACAAAGCCCAAACAGUGACUCGGAAGAGGACAGCAGGCGACCCAAACGUAAAAAAACAGCUUCCUGCACGACUGUACUUGUCAUCCGAGGAUGAGCGAGAGGUGCCAAUAUCCCCAGCAUCCCCGUGUCAGGAUAACAUGUGCAGCCUUCCACAGAGGCCAUCCCCAUUGAAGACUGGUUGCUAUGAAACAAGUCUGGCUAGAUCCCACUCCCAGCAACCUGUUCCUGCCACUGUACAUACAAGUACAACGCCUGCCAGGAGUACAAGUACCCCUUCUGUGAGAGACUGUGCGUCAGCUACCAGUACCAGUGUUACCGGGACUCCACGUUCUGAAGCGGCUCAGGAUAUCAGAAUGUUUACACUAAUGGAAGCCAUGUCCAGACGUCAGGUUGAGCUCCUGGAAACCAUGAACCAGGUGCUGGGCAUUGUUUCGAAGAUGGCCAAGGUGGAGGGUGUAAGGUCGUCAGAGAAACCCGAAAACCUCAACUUACCUGCAUCCACCAGCGAGGAGCUAGAGGCCCUUGAGGCGGAACUAGAGGAGGGAGAAUGUUUUAAUGGCUUGGUUUCGUAUCUAUCAGUGCAAGGCGGGGUCUCUACGACAGACAUGGUGAGGCGGGUAAUGAGGCAAUGCUUGACAAACCAGUUGGCAGUCCAGUUCAACUGGUUUGGAAAGAAGGGCAAAAGAGCCUUUGGAAAACUCAAGCUGGCCCAGGCAGUGACAAAAGCAGUUAUGAAGUGCAAGAAGUGCACAGCAGUCGAGGUGGAACUUGGUUGCAGAGAAUGGUUUAGGAUGGCGAGUGACAGGGACGGGGGGCGUAAGAAGCGCAAAAGACCAUCAUCAUCCAUGGGUGAAAGUUUUCAGGAUUAGUCCUGAAUUGACGCAUAGAAAAUUCCAUAUUUUCCUUAUUAGUUUCUUUUGAAACUGCUUGUCUAAGUGCUGUUUAGGAUUUUCAAAAUUUUCAACUUUCAUCCAUCUUUCACACAUCUGAAAUGACGCAAAAAUAAACUACUCUCUAAAUGACUUUGGGGAUUAACAUUUGCAAUCACCUUGUUUUGUUUUUUUUGCUAGCAGAAUACUCUUCUAUGGUUAUCAAUAUUGAAUGCAUGCAUAAAUCUUAUAUGAUUUUUACUGUACCUCAAUCAUUAUAUUUUAUUUAUUAUUAUCAGUAAUAUAUUAUUCAAAUACUCUAGCCAUUUACAUAAAUUUGUUGUUUUCUAACCAUGCAUAAUUGCUAAACUAAAUAGCCUUAGUUCUGUGAUUUUACAUAUUUAAUGAUGUGUUUUACAUGUUGUACAUUUUCAUUUACUUUUGUUUAAACUUUUAUUGACUGUAUUGUUUUUGUUGUCAGAUAUGUAUUAAUCUAUUAAACAUUUAAUGAUAGCUAAUAGUCUGGAAAGAGAUUUGCAUAUCUUUAUUUCAAUUUAAAAACUGCAGGUUAUUAUAAGGUUGUUUAUUGCUAUUGUGAUUUUUAAAUAUGUGAAUUUAAUAUGGUUGUGAUGUGCUGCAAUCCAAGUCGUUUUUGUAGAAAGUUGUUACAGUAUUACCUAGUCACAGUAUUACGUAGUCACAGUAUUACCUAGUCAUUUUAUGUUGGUAAAGAUGUAUAUCUGCAUUUAUAUUUUUGUGUUGUUUUUAACAGAAACAUGAAUUCCUUCUAGUCAGAAACAAUGUGUUGCAAAAUAAGCCCUAUUAUAGUUCUCUUAUAUUUUGUUAAUUUUUUUUUUAUUGUGACUUGGGACAUUGGUAUUUUAAUAGUAAUUAUGACUGAGUUAUAUAACAUUUUACAUGUAUGUGAGUUCUAGUCGUUUUCACAUAAAGUAACUGUAUAUAUUAUUUGUUUGUAUAGUUCCUGAACAUUUAAGGACAACUAAUAUUUAAUAACAUUGCUGUAGUAAAGCGGAUGCAAGUUCUUACAACACUCUGUAUUCUACAAUUUCCAGUAAAUUUGAUUAGUUUACUACAAUCUUUUUAUAUCUUAACCAUACAUUAUGGGUUACUUUUUUAAUUACAUCCUCUUAAGAAGAAAUUGUUUAGCAACAGAUGAAUAUGAAUUUCCUCAUAUAUUCUAUUAAUUGUGCAUUUGAAUGAACAGAACAUUGUGUUUUAUAUAAGUAAUCUAGAUUUUACCAUGUAAAUUGUUUACUGACAGUGAAAUAGAGAAUACAGCGAUCGUGUAUGUAAAUUCCAUAGUCUCUAUAAUUCUUUAUAGAAUGAUCUCAUGAGCUCAAAAGUAGCCUUAAAUUUAUUGGUUUAAAUAAAUUUGUUGAAAUCGAUGCAUUCUUCUGUUUUUCUUUUGCCC